AGGAGCAGCUGCAAGCCAAGACGCGCUGACCUCCCCUGAGCUCCUCCGGCUGCUUGCAGGAUCUUCCCGACCCUGCAAGACUUGGCAAACUCCUACCUCCGCUCCCCAUUAGUUCCCCACCGCACCAGGCUCCUCCCUCGGGGUCUCUCAUCCUUCUCACUUUGCAGAAUUCAUCGCUUCUUCCAACACCUUUUUGUAACACCCCAGAGCUCCGAGUCCCUUAGCUGAAUUCGACUUUUGUUUUUAUUUUCUCUCUCGCUUCCUUUUUCUGCCUCUCUCAUCUGAUUGAUGUGCGGAGGCUGAUGCCUCUGCCAGAGUGAGAGGAAUAAAUAGAUGCUGCCUCGCCCAGAGGCUUAGACGCCUGGGAAGAGCAGCCAGCGCAGCAAGGCACUGGGCUCGGCCAAGUGUGUGGACCGGACCGGAGGACUUGGAUCCAAGAGAGCUGUGAUUGAUUGUCGGAGGGGACAGCUCCCAGGUCGUUGUGCUCACCCCCGGAGCGCAGGAGACCGCGGAACGCGCCCCUCGCGUCCGCCGCCCGGCUGCGCCCUAUCCCAUCCUGCCGGGAUCAUGGUUUGCAGCGGCCCGGGACCGAUGCUGCUGUUACGGGCUGGGCUGCUAGUCCUGGCUGCGCUCUGCCUGCUCCAGAUCCCCGGAGCCCGGGCAGCAGCCUGUGAGCCCGUCCGCAUCCCCUUGUGCAAGUCCCUGCCCUGGAACAUGACCAAGAUGCCCAACCACCUGCACCACAGCACCCAGGCUAACGCCAUCCUGGCCAUCGAACAAUUCGAAGGUCUGCUGGGCACCCAUUGCAGCCCGGAUCUGCUCUUCUUCCUCUGCGCCAUGUAUGCACCCAUCUGCACCAUCGACUUCCAGCACGAGCCCAUCAAGCCCUGCAAGUCUGUGUGUGAGCGCGCCCGGCAGGGCUGCGAGCCCAUCCUCAUCAAGUACCGUCACUCGUGGCCAGAGAGCCUGGCCUGCGAGGAGUUGCCUGUGUACGACCGUGGCGUGUGCAUCUCUCCCGAGGCCAUCGUCACCGCUGACGGAGCGGAUUUUCCUAUGGAUUCUAGUACUGGACACUGCAGAGGGUCAAGCAGCGAACGCUGCAAAUGUAAGCCUGUCAGAGCUACACAGAAGACGUAUUUCCGGAAUAACUACAACUAUGUCAUCCGGGCCAAAGUUAAAGAGGUAAAGGCCAAGUGUCAUGAUGUGACCGCUGUUGUGGAGGUGAAAGAGAUUGUAAAAGCAUCUCUGGUGAGCAUCCCAAAGGACACCAUCAAUCUCCACACCACCUCUGGCUGCCUCUGCCCCCCACUCCAUGUCAAUGAGGAAUACAUCAUCAUGGGCUACGAAGAUGAGGAACGCUCCAGGUUACUCUUGGUGGAAGGCUCUAUAGCUGAGAAGUGGAAGGACCGGCUUGGGAAGAAAGUCAAGCGCUGGGAUAUAAAACUCCGCCAUCUUGGACUGGGUAAAACGGAUGCUAGCGAUGCCACUCAGAGUCAGAAGUCUGGCAGGAACUCUAACCCCCGGCCAGCGCGAAGCUGAGUCCUGAAACGCAAAAGGCCACACCCAUGGACUCCCUAAGACUCGCAUUGCUGGACUAGCAAAGGCAAAUUGCACGAUUGCACUCACGACCUAUUGUUUACUACA